AUGGAGGCUGACUGUGGAAGCCAACAUAAGGCGGAGGAUGAGCAGGCCAUUGAGGCUGACUGUGGAAGCCAACAUGAGGCGGAGGAUGAGCAGGACAUGGAGGCUGACUGUGGAAGCCAACAUGAGGCGGAGGAUGAGCAGGCCAUGAAGGCUGACUGUGGAAGCCAAUAUGAGGCGGAGGAUGAGCAGGCCAUGGAAGCUGACUGUGGAAGCCAACAUGAAGCGGAGGAUGAGCAGGCCAUGGAGGCUGCCAGUGGAAGCCAACAUGAGACGAAGGGUGAGCAGGCCGUGGAGGCUGACUGUGAAAGCCAACAUGAGGCAAAAGAUGAGCAGGCCAUAAAGGCUGACUGUGGAAGCCAACAUGAGGCGGAGGAUGAGCAGGCCAUGCAGGCUGACUGUGAAAGCCAACAUGAGGCGGAGGAUGAGCAGGCAAUAAAGGCUGACUGUGGAAGCCAACAUGAGGCGAAGCAUAAGAAAGCCAUGGAGGCUGACUGUAGAAGCCAUCAUGAGGUGGAGGAUGAGCAGGCCAUGGAGGCUGACUGUGGAAGCCAACCUGAGGUGGAGGAUGAGAAAGCCAUGGAGGCUGACUGUGGAAGCCAACAUGAGGCGGAGGAUGAGAAAGCCAUGGAGGCUGACUGUGGAAGCCAACAUGAGGUGGAGGAUGAGCAGGCCAUUGAGGCUGACUGUUGA